GAUGCUCUGGUUGGAAUCUCCAAGGCUCCUGACGUCAUUAAAAACAAGGAGGAUCUUUUUUUUUCAGAUUCCUGUCCGCGCGGGGGAAAGCUGCUCUCUGAUUGGCUGUAGCCGGGAGAUGUAAACACAAAAGAUGGCGGAUACUAAGAAGCGCAGUUUGGACAGUGAUAAUGGAACUGAAUCGGGACCGGAGAAGAAGCUAGCGACUGGGGAUGGAGAUGGAAAAGACGCAAAGCAGCCCGUAGCUGAUCCCGGGUCAGAAGCCGGGUCCAUGCUGGCCGGGUUCCAGACGGAGAAGAUCAUGCGGGAAUCAUCCCGGGAGAAAAAUAUUUUCAUCCACGGCAAGAUGGGAAGCGGACCCAACGAGGGACAGGACGCGGUUCUCAUUCUAGAGAAGACCCCGUUCAGAGAAGACAGCCUGGCUGAACUCUUCAAAACCUCUGAGCUAAAACAUCAGAUGCGCAACGAUAUCUACAGCACGUACCACAUGCACCCUCCCGCGCAUCUAAACGACAUCAAGGCGACGGUGGUGUGUCCGGCUACGGAGAAGCACAUCAAGAAGUACCAGAGUCAGGAGCUGUUCCUUAUCCAGGAGAGCGGAGAGGACUAUCGGAACAUCACUCUGCCCUACAUCCAGGAGCAGAGCUUCAGUGUGCAGUGGGUGUACAAUAUAUUGGAAAAGAAGGCAGAAGCCGACCGGAUAGUCUUUGAAGAUCCGGAUCCACAGAACGGCUUUGUCCUCCUCCCGGAUUUUAAAUGGGAUCAGAAGCAGCUUGACGACUUGUACCUGAUUGCCAUCUGUCAUCAGCGUGAGAUCAAGAGCCUGAGAGAUCUGACACAAGAACACCUGCCCUUACUCCAGAACAUCCAGCAGCAGGGACAGGAAGCCAUCAUGAAGCGCUACAGCGUUCCUUCCUGCCGCCUGCGAGUCUACCUGCACUACCAGCCCUCCUACUACCACCUGCACGUGCACUUCACUGUGCUGGGUUAUGAGGCUCCAGGCUGCGGGGUGGAGCGAGCUCACCUGCUCUCGGACGUCAUCCAGAACCUGCAGACCGACACGCAGCACUACCGCACCCGAACCCUCACCUACCCCCUCCGAGCAGACGAUGCCCUGCUGCACAAGCUCAGGGAGGCCGGGCGCUUUUAGGACUGUCCGGGGUGUUUCUUUAUUUUAAUACAAGGAGGUAUAUUGGUGUACAAACAUAUGAUCACGUGGUUCUCUUUGUAUGAAUAAUGUACUGUAUGGGGUUUUUUUUUUGUUUGUUUUUGUAGUAAAAAGAAAAAAUCCUG